GUUUCGUACCACGAUGACAUAGCCCCAGUGCCGUGCGACGAGACUACGUGGACGCGCACACAUUUUUAAGUUUUUACGUUGAAACGAGGAAUCCGUAAAGGUCCCCGUUGUUGCAGAACUAACGACGACCCACCCCGCUCCGUUGAGGGAUUGAGGCGAGACCGAGAGGCGGCUUGCUCCUUUUAUCCGCCUUUUCAUAGAGACUAGCGAAAAUGGGCGAGCAUGGACGUUCUGACUCGUACCGCGUCGCCACCAUCGGCCCCAUUAAGGACGAUAAUAGAACCGCUGACGGACAGUAUAAGACACGCCGGAAACCCCCCGCGAAAAAACGGAAAACAGGAGAUUUAGACGAUCUCAAACAGGAGUUGGACAUCGACUAUCACAAAGUCACGCCUGAGGAACUCUACCAAAGAUUUCAAACACACCCAGAAAAUGGCCUUAGUCACGCAAAAGCGAAAGAGAAUCUUGAAAGGGAUGGUCCAAACGCGCUUACGCCGCCAAAACAGACGCCCGAAUGGGUGAAGUUUUGUAAAAAUCUGUUCGGUGGUUUCGCGUUAUUAUUGUGGAUUGGUGCUAUUCUAUGCUUUAUUGCCUACGGAAUUCAGGCGAGUACCGUAGAGGAACCAGCGGAUGACAACUUGUACCUCGGCAUAGUACUGGCGGCGGUGGUGAUCGUAACGGGCAUCUUCUCGUACUACCAGGAAAGCAAGUCUUCGAAGAUCAUGGAAUCAUUCAAGAACAUGGUGCCGCAGUUCGCAACUGUCAUUCGUGAGGGUGAGAAGCUAACUCUACGAGCUGAGGACCUUGUGCUUGGUGAUAUUGUUGAGGUGAAAUUUGGCGACCGUAUUCCUGCUGACAUCCGGAUAAUCGAGGCCCGUGGCUUCAAAGUCGACAACUCCAGUUUAACCGGCGAGUCGGAACCCCAGUCCCGCGGCUCCGAGUUCACCAACGAGAACCCGCUCGAGACCAAGAACUUGGCUUUCUUUUCCACCAACGCUGUCGAGGGAACUGCAAAGGGAAUCGUCAUCUGCUGCGGAGAUAACACCGUAAUGGGCCGCAUCGCCGGUCUCGCUUCUGGUCUGGACACGGGCGAGACUCCCAUCGCCAAGGAGAUCCACCAUUUCAUCCAUCUCAUCACGGGCGUGGCCGUCUUCCUCGGCGUCACCUUCUUCGUCAUCGCUUUCAUCCUCGGCUAUCACUGGCUGGACGCCGUCAUCUUCCUAAUUGGUAUCAUCGUAGCAAACGUACCUGAAGGUCUACUGGCUACAGUCACUGUGUGUCUGACCUUGACUGCAAAACGUAUGGCCUCCAAGAACUGCUUGGUAAAAAAUUUGGAAGCUGUCGAGACUCUCGGCUCCACCUCCACUAUCUGCUCCGAUAAGACCGGCACGCUGACUCAGAACAGAAUGACCGUGGCUCACAUGUGGUUUGACAAUCAGAUCAUUGAGGCUGACACCACAGAGGACCAGUCCGGUGUGCAAUACGACCGCACUAGCCCCGGCUUCAAAGCUCUGGCCAAGAUCGCGGCUCUGUGCAACCGCGCCGAGUUCAAAGGCGGUCAAGAUGGCGUGCCCAUUCUGAAGAAGGAAGUUGCCGGUGACGCUUCCGAAGCCGCUCUCCUGAAAUGCAUGGAACUAGCCCUCGGCGAUGUCUUAUCCAUCAGAAAGAAGAACAAGAAAGUCUGCGAGAUUCCCUUCAACUCCACCAACAAGUAUCAAGUUUCUAUCCACGAGAGCGAUGACCCUAGCGACCCCCGCCACUUGCUCGUAAUGAAGGGAGCACCGGAAAGAAUCUUGGAACGAUGCAGUACCAUCUUUAUUGGUGGAAAGGAAAAGGUGCUGGAUGAAGAAAUGAAGGAAGCCUUCAACAACGCGUACCUGGAACUCGGCGGCCUGGGCGAGCGCGUGCUGGGCUUCUGCGACUUGCAACUCCCUUCGGACAAAUACCCCAUCGGAUUUAAGUUCAACACCGACGACGUCAAUUUCCCCGUCGACAACCUGAGAUUUGUCGGCCUGAUGAGUAUGAUCGACCCGCCGAGAGCUGCUGUGCCCGAUGCCGUCGCCAAGUGCCGGUCUGCUGGUAUUAAGGUAAUCAUGGUCACGGGCGACCACCCGAUCACAGCAAAGGCUAUCGCUAAGUCCGUGGGCAUCAUCUCAGAAGGCAACGAGACCAUCGAAGACAUCGCGGCUAGACUCAACAUCCCCGUAUCAGAGGUGAACCCUCGUGAGGCCAAGGCAGCCGUUGUGCACGGAACGGAACUCAGGGAACUCAAUUCGGAACAGCUCGAUGAGAUUCUCAAGUACCACACGGAGAUUGUAUUCGCGCGCACAUCGCCACAACAGAAACUGAUCAUUGUAGAAGGCUGCCAGCGCCUUGGCGCCAUCGUGGCUGUCACAGGUGACGGCGUCAACGACUCCCCUGCUCUGAAAAAGGCUGACAUUGGUGUUGCUAUGGGCAUUGCUGGUUCUGAUGUGUCUAAACAGGCGGCUGACAUGAUCCUUCUGGACGACAACUUCGCAUCCAUCGUCACAGGCGUGGAAGAGGGCCGUCUCAUCUUCGACAAUCUCAAGAAAUCCAUCGCGUACACUCUCACUUCGAACAUUCCUGAAAUCUCCCCCUUCCUGGCCUUCAUCCUUUGCGAUAUCCCACUGCCGCUUGGCACUGUCACCAUUCUUUGCAUCGAUCUAGGAACCGACAUGGUGCCCGCCAUUUCCCUGGCUUACGAGGAGGCAGAAUCUGACAUAAUGAAGCGACAGCCGCGUAAUCCUUUCACUGAUAAACUAGUAAACGAGAGUGUUGGUUGUUCUGAUUGCUUGGUGUUACCAAAGGUGCCUGCUAUAUCCUUGGCGUACGAGGCGCCCGAGUCCGAUAUCAUGAAGCGGCAGCCCCGGAACCCUUACACCGACAACCUCGUCAACAGAAGGUUGAUUUCAAUGGCGUACGGCCAAAUUGGUAUGAUCCAAGCCGCGGCCGGAUUCUUCGUGUACUUCGUGAUCAUGGCUGAAAACGGAUUCUUGCCGUUGACGCUCUUCGGCAUUCGAAAGCAAUGGGACUCGAAAGCUAUCAACGAUCUCCCCGACACCUAUGGACAGGAAUGGACCUACCGUGAUCGCAAAGCCCUCGAGUAUACCUGCCACACCGCGUUCUUCGUGUCCAUCGUCGUAGUGCAGUGGGCCGACUUGAUUAUCUGCAAGACUCGCCGCAACUCGAUUGUGCACCAGGGUAUGCGCAACUGGGCCCUCAACUUCGGCAUCAUCUUCGAAACGGCGCUCGCGGCCUUCCUUUCUUACACGCCUGGUAUGGACAAGGGACUGCGGAUGUAUCCCCUUAAGUUCGUGUGGUGGCUGCCUGCCAUCCCGUUCAUGCUGUCGAUCUUCAUUUACGACGAGAUCCGGCGCUUCUACCUGCGUCGCAACCCGGGCGGCUGGCUCGAACAAGAGACUUACUACUAGGCUGCACCCCCCACUGUCCACGGCGUGCAUCAGUUAGUUACUGCGUACAUAACGUUCAUUUGUGUUCUAUAUCAGACUGACAGAGGUUGCGGUGCCGUCUCGGUAUAUGUGUAAUCGCUGUCGUGUACUGUACGCUUCUCACCGCUUGUUACCGCAUCGCUCCCGCAGGGCGGCCCUUAUGUAUGUACCUGUCAAUGUUAUCCGUUGUUCGAUGUUCGUUUUCGCGUGACGUGACGGGCGGACGGCCGCGCCACAAACACAUUAUGUUUAACGAACUAUGUAUGUAUAUAUGCACAGUGGAGAAUGAGGUUUGAUAUUUGUGAUGAAAAAAAUUAUUAUACACAUAUUAUUGUUUAAAAUCGUGAAUCAUGUUAUUUUUGUAUUAAAAUCUUUUAAAAUGUAAUUUGAGUAUUAGAAUCGCGUCAUGAGACACUCGGAGAACGUUGGGAGCGCCGUCGGGCGGCGGGCCGCGGCCGCUCGGGCCCGCCGACUCAGACCUCAUGUUCAGCAGGUCGCCCGUACACCACGAUACACAUAAGAUAGCAUAAAUACUAAUAAAUUGUUUUCACAUACUUACGUUGUAAGCGAAGGAUCGUGUUAGCACUAGUGGGUCGUCCGCUCCUGUUGGCGAGGGCCCGCCGCGCGCCGUGCUCGGCGGCCAACGAAAGCAUUUGUUGUAAAAUUACAGUUAAGAGCCAUUAUUAUUAUUAUUAUUACAUUUUAAGUGGAAGUUUAGAUUAAGUUGAGUUUUUCGAGUGAAUAACGUUUAGUUGACGAUUCGAUCGGAUGCGUGGUGUGUGAGAGGUCGAUGUGGAGUGCCUGAGUUUUAGUGUACUACUGCUUACUGUUAGGUAGGUAGUUGAAAUUUUGACGCCGUAUUUUCAAUUGUAAAAGUAGAUAAUAAAGCAUACACAGUCGCGAACGCUUAGUGGUGCGCGCGCCGACACGUUGAUCAGCACUGCCGCCGUCGUGUCCGGCCGCCGGCAGCGGCCCCAGACAGGCCGGGCCUCGGCCCGGACCGCGACACGACGCUUUUCUUUUCUAAAAUAAUCAGAUUAUUAGAUUUCGUCAAAUUUAUUAAAUAGGCUGCUCAUGGUAAUUAUGUAAGAUUUUAAUUUCUUAAUUAAAAGAUAAUAACAAAACGUAGGAAUGCGUAAUUAGCGAUUUUUAAAAUUAUACAGUUAUGAUAGAGUCAUUCUUGUUUUAGUCGCCACUUGGCUCUUCUACGAGUGCGGUCUUGUGUAAUUAGGGUAGGAAGAGGCUAGGGGCAGAGUGGGGGCGCGCAGCGGCGUAGCGGUGGGCAGAGCGGAGCGUAGCAGCAGUGCCCGCGGCGCCACUAGCCGAAUAGGAGGACCAAGUGGAACGAUUCAUUUCAAUUUUUCGUAACGAAUACAUAUAACAUUAUAAUAAUGGUUACAAAAGUAAAAUAUAACAUUAUAGCGACUAAUAAAUCUAAAUUAUAUGAAAUGUUUAUAGAUUUAAAAUGACGUUUGUUUCUUUAGAGUGACCUUCUGUGCUUGUUUUAUGGGAACGAUGUACAUCUCUGACAAUAGUCGUUGAUCACGAUGAUAUUAAUACGAUCUGAUCUUUGUAAGCGUUUAUUUACCCACACCGUAGAACUAACAUUGUUUUGCGUUCGACAGUAAUUUACACCGAUUCAUUUUAUAGUAUUAC